AUGCGAGUUUCGAAAGAUCCCAACUUGUCGUUUAAACUCGUCGUGAAUGAACAACGCCGAGCUGCAGCUCGUGAACAGUGUGAGAAAUUGUUCGCCGAUUCGAAUCUCCUGACCGAAUCAAAGAUGCAGCUUAUAAAUGAAUUUAUGUAUGGUUGUGGAGUCAAUCCGUGCCCGCAGUUUGGUGCUGCCAUCAUCGUGAAAAUAUCGGAGACGUAUGAAAAUGAGCUUCAGCGGGACGGAACUGUGCAGGCGCAGCAGAUCGAAUCUUUCUUCGAGGUAUUUGUUGCAUUUAAGGGGUUUUAA